GCUCUCUUGUUUGUUUUUUAUCCUUCCUUCAAUUAGUGUUAUUGAUAUGUGUUUGAAUGGCGUGGAAAAAAACUAAUUUCCAAAUAGAAUUUUGUGUUUACUUUUUGAGGAAAUUUAUUACAUUGUGCAUACAGAUACCUAUUGUUUUCAUUACUUUGAUGCUUUUUAUGGAAUGGAAGCCUCUUCAUGAUCUAGAGCGAAAAUGGAUGUCCCUGUGGGAAAGAUGUUUUCUUUGUGACAUGGAGGAUGGACCCUGUCAAACUCUUCAAAAUGUUGGCGUCAAUUAAAUUACCAUGGCAACCUACGCGUUCUAAGAUUGGAUGGCCAAGGCGUGGUCAGAUUUUCUUAUGGAUUAUUUUCACAUCUCUUCUGCUGUUCUUUUGUGUAACCUUGACCUUUAAUGGUCAUGUCUGGCAGAUGCUUGAUUCUAACAUGCAUCUCAGUGAGUAUGAUGAUGCAAAUGAAGGAUAUGGAUUAAGGAAGCUUCUAGAGGAUCCAGAGGCAAGAUUAAGACAGGAAGGCUUGGAAAAAAGGCUGCCCCAGUGUAUAAUAAUUGGUGUAAGAAAGUGUGGAACAAGAGCAUUAUUAGAGUUUCUUAACCUUCAUCCCAAUAUAAAAACAGCUGGAAUGGAGAUGCAUUAUUUCAAUAAAGAUGAAAAUUAUGAUAAUGGGUAUGAGUGGUACAGAAAAUAUAUGCCAUUUUCAACAUCAAAGGAUAUUACCAUAGAGAAAACACCAAGAUAUUUCAUUUCUGAGAGUGCACCGGAACGGAUUUUUAAGUUCAACAGUUCUAUUAAAUUGAUUGUGAUAUUCCGACAUCCAACAACAAGAGUAAUAUCAGACUAUUCCCAAGUGUACGAGAAUAAACUUGAAAGAAAUAAGUCUGUAGAGCCGUUUGAGAAAAUUGUGAUUGACAAAAGAACAGGCCGAGUGAAUACUGGGUACAAAGCAGUGAGAAUAAGUAUGUAUUAUUAUCAUUUGACGCAGUGGUUAUUGUAUUUUCGUAGACAUCAAAUCCAUAUCGUCAAUGGGGAUAAUUUGAUAGUGAAUGCCUUAGAGGAAAUAAAAAAAGUGGAGACAUUCUUGGGAUUGGAUCAUGCGAUUACUGAAGAGAAUGUGUAUUUUAACGAGACACGAGGGUUCUACUGUAUGAAAUCAGGGAAUGAUCAACAUUGUCUUGGUGCUCAGAAAGGAAGAAAACAUCCCGAUAUUGACCCAAAGGUUAUAAGGAAAUUGAAUAAUUUCUAUCAUCCGUACAAUCGGAAAUUGUUUGCUAUGAUUGGUCAAGAAUUUGAUUGGGAUUAAAUGAGAAUUUCACAGCAUCAUGCAGAGAAUAGAAGAGACAGGGAAUUUGGGCGUAAAACUCUGGACCAGAAAGUAUUAAUUAUAAUGUCAUUGUGCAUUUUGAAGUUUUUAGUCAUACAAGGGGUGUAAUCUCAUAUUGUCAGGUUGUCUCCCCUUGAAAUUAUCAGUUAUACUUGGAUAUACAUGCAUGUACUUUACAUUAUCUGUUCAUUUGAAAUCCUUGAAGAAUGAAGUUUGAUUUAAAGUACAGUGAAACAGUAUAACUUUUCUCAUAGCCAUGUGACAUCAUGUUCUCAUGAAUUAUGAUCAUGUGAUAUGAUGGAUAUAAUGUUUACAUUUUAUCAUCAGGUAUAUUAUCUGAUAUUCAUAUCACAAGAUUGCUAAAAACAUGCUUAACUGAUAUUGUAAAUUUACUUCCUAGUAUUAAUACAUAUAUACUUUUUUCCAUAAAAUUUUAAUUAUAGUUUAAUUAAAUGACUAUUAUUGAUACUUAUUUUUGCAGAUUUACUGGAAAUUAUUUAUAUGGAUACAUCAUUAUGUUACAUAAAUAACACAUUAUUGCAUACAUAAUAACAUUUCAUCGCUUGAAUUGAUUUUCACCAAGGUAUCAUUUAGUAUUUUCUGGCCUAAUCAUUUUUAGCUAUUGACCAAAUAUCAUCGUACAAUAUUUAUGCAAUAAGGCUUUAAUGAAUUAGUGAUUUGUUUCCAUGUACAUGAUUUUCUAUGAAGAUAUAUGUCACAAAUCUGAAGUUUCGUUUGGCCAUCUUUGUUGUUAUUGUUUUUGUUGUUUCGUAUGAAUUGAAAUAUGUUGAAUAAAGAACUACAGUCUACUUGUGUGUGUGAACUUAUAAAGUAGUCUGCUUGUCUUAUGUCUAAAAAUUGGUUUGAAUGUAAGGAUUUGUUCAUGUGAAUAUAUGACGGAAGUCCUGAACCCUUCUGUAUUUAAAUAAUAAUAGUCCAUUUCAGUUUUAGAGCACAAAUCUGUAUGUUAGUCUGGGAGACUGGCAAUCACUUGCUUCUAGCAGGUCAAUAGUUAGUUAAACUUACUAGUUUAAUUGUUUCAGAUUAAUGAAGGUCACUAAGUCUAUCUUUUACCAGGUCCAAAGCAAGGAAAAUUGUUAUCAUAUUAACAUCAUAGAUUUUCUUCAUUAGGUUUUUAUCAUUCUUUUUGUUAGCUUUUUUUCCAUAACUCAUAAAAUAUUUACAGAUGAUAUUAAUCAUGGGAGGGUAUUUAAGUUUUUUAAUACCACACAGCAUGCUCACUUUGUAAGAGUAAAAAAAAAGAUGUGGGGAAUUUUUUGUUUGUUAAUGAUUUUUUCUUUUCUAAGGUUAAUUUUACUAAAGUGUAGAGAAAUGGCCACAUGGUUAAUGGGUCAAUAUGACACAGUAUCUACAUGUACAUGUAGUUCAAUACAAGAAAUACAUUUGUAUGUAUGAAGAAAUUGGUAGGAAUAUUGAAUUACAAGACUUUUCUAUAAAUAAUCAAAUAUAAAAAAUAAGCUAUUUUGUUUUAAUUUGUUUCUGUCUGAAAAUGUUGUUUGCGUUUAUUAUUUACAACUUUCAGUCUGAAAGUUUUUUCUUGACAUAAAAUAUUUUCAAGUUUCAGCUAGAAACGUUUUGGUUCUGUUAAUUUUUCCAGUUUUGGUGGUAAACUUUUAUUUCCAUUAAUUUUAUAUCAGUAAGAAACCUUUUGUUUUGGUUACAUUUUUGUUUGUCAGUUUUAAUGAUAGAUAUCACUUUUUUCCUGGUUUAUGAUUAAAUUUUUUUGUUGUUAUUGUUUUUUUGUUGUUGUUUUUUUUCCCCACUGAGUAUAAAAAGCUAUUUCUGAAAUAUUUUUGUCAGUUUAAAAUGAAAUAUAUUGUUAUGUUAUUUGUAGGAAACAAUAUAGAUUGUAUAUACAGUCAUUACCCUAGUUUCCAUAGAUAAUUUCCCUAGAUCAGUCAAUCUUCUUUAUACAUAAUGGACAAGAGACCUUACUAAUUUGAUGAAGUUUGGUUAAAUGGCAAAAAGGUCUUGACAUAAUUAUAUAAAUGACAGUUACACAUUAUUGGUUUAGCAGAAGCACAAAUGGCAACAAAAUCAACAAACAAAAACUCUGUGUAAAAAGCUUUGUUAGAUUUUUUUUUUUAAACUUAAAGGAACUCCACUGAGGUCCAAAAGCCUAAAAAAUGAAAAUUGAAUUUCUUACACAGAAUAGCCAGAGCACUUAAUACAGAACAUUAUGAGAAAGAUAAAUAAGAAAUAUACUAAGAAAUAAAUUGAAAAUCAUAUUCUGUGCUAUUCUAGCUGAGCCUGAUGUGAGGGAAAAACGUUGGAAGGCUUUUCAAAUUUAGGCCCUUUUUUACAAUUAGAAUAAUUAUGCUGGAAAAACGGAUUGAGGGAGUGAUUUGAAAUUUUGCACUCAAGUAAUUGGGUAGACCUACACUAGAGGGAGCAUUAAUCUUGAAAAAUUAUUACCAUGCCAAAAAACCCUCAGUGGAGUCCCUUUAACAUUUAUAACACAGAAAAAAACUUCUGAAGCAGUAAGAAUUUGAUUUAGAAGGACUGUACAUGUAUAAUUCUUUAUUAUUGUUGUUGUUAUUGUUGUUUAGUAGUGGUGGUAAUGUUGCUGAUGUUGAAGUUCUUUAUAGACAUCUAGGCCUAGACUUGAAAUAUUAAUGAGCGUGACUCCAUCAUCCUUUAAGUUGCUGGUUUAGAGCAUAAAUUCUGUCACUAUGUUUGUAAAGCCAGUUUUAAAUAAUUCAUUACUUCACAUUAGAUAUUAGUAAACAUUAAGGUGCAAUACAUAUGAAUAUUAAAACUGUAUUGAACUGUUAAUAUACCCGGUACAUGUACAUUUGAUAAAAUAUUAUACUUGAACUGACUGCAAAGUUUGUACUUCUUCUAUAAUAAAACUUUUACACAUCUAAAGUGACACGCCUUGAUAUGAAUGAAGAAUGUUCCUGGUGUAAAAAUACAAUUGCCCGAUUUAAGGAAGUAUUGUCACAAGCCUUAAAGGGACUCCACUAAGGUUUUUUGACAUGAUGGGACUGGAAAUUAUUUUUUCAAGAUUAUUAUACCAUUUUUUGAUGAAGGUCUUUACCAGUAAAUUGUGUGCAAGUCUGGGUAUUUUACCUUUUUUAAGAUUUGUAAAAGUUAAUCAAAGUAACAUUUUCACAAUCAAUGUAAGAUUUUCACAUUUAAUGUUUUCAGGCUUUUUGACCUUAGUGGAGUUCCUUUAAAAGAUGUACAUUCAGAAGUUAUAGACCAACUGGUCCACUUGUCAUUGUAUCAACUAAAGUAAACAAUGUAAUAUCACCAUAAACCAGGGGCAACCUGCAAUUUCCUCUUGUAAACAUAUAAUUACCCAAGAUAGAAAUGAUGUGUGUGACUGUUUCAAGUGAUACUUUAUGGUCAAUUGUCCACUUUUCUUACUCAUUUUGGUCAGUUUUUACAGCUGUCCAUAUACUUAACAUAGACAUUUAUGUGCAUGGAGAACAGCUUUUAGAUAAAGUCUAAAAUUAUAUUGAAUUAGGUGUUUAUUUCAAGUGUUCUAGGAGAGCUGUUAAAUGACAUGGUUUUUGUUUGUCAAUAGUUGUCAUGCUAUGUUCAAUGUCAGUAAAGUAUGUUUAUUUUAAAAAAAAUGAAGAGAAAUUAAAUUUCCUGGUAUUAAAUGUUAUUUUAUAAAUGAGUAUUACUGGCUUAUAAAAAUAUAGUUACUUAUGCAUGAAUACUAAAUUAAACUUUUAAUCAACAAUCUAUCAAAGACUUUUGUUUAUAUCUAUAUGAUAUUGGUCUGAUAUAAAACUACAUCUAUAACUUUAAUACCCUCUCAUUCUACUCUGUUUGAAUCCCACCGGAGACAGUACUUCGCUUAAAGACCUAUCCGGUAUUGAAGGUUCAAUUCAGGUAGAGAGUCCUGUCCAUUAAAGUUGAAAAGUAGCAUUAUUGUCUUAACAGUGUAAGUUUGACAUUAAUGUAAAUUUUUAAAAAUCUAACCUUUCAUAUUUAUCUGAACUUUAAUUAUUUAUGACAUUUUAAAGUGAAGUUAAAUCCAUUAAGUCAACAAAAAUCAAAAGUAACUUGUAAAUAUUAUUUUACCUCAGUGUAAUUUUCUAGUCAGAGGAACUAGCUUUGUGUUUAAUUAUUACUUGUUUGUUUUGAUGGACAUAAAUAGACUGAAAAAGAGGGCUUUAUAUUUAGCAUUACUUAUUACAGAUAUACUUGCCUGAAAUUUUAAUAUUGCUUUUAUUAAAUGAAUGAAAGGAAUGACUGUGCAAAACUGCUAAAAUGUUCGGUAUUCUAAAUGUAAGACAGUUGUAUGUAUAUUAAACUAAACUGGUUUGUGUUUAUUAACAUGAUUAUAAGGGAUUUUCUUUAUGGAUUCAUUGGGAAAAACUGCUUAUAUGGUAUGUAUGUAAAGUGCUUUAUUUUUUUAUAUGGAUACAAAAAUCUUGUAGAUGUACUUAAUACUUAUAAAUAGAAUUGGUAUGACAUGCUGAACGAUUGUCUAUAGAGAUCCCUGUGUCUAUUAUAGUGAUGCCAAGGCCAUCUUAUUUAUAUUACAAUGUCAUAUAGUGUUCCUAAGGCUUUAUAUAGAGAACCCAAUGUCAUCUAAUGAUCCUGUGAUCCCUAGGCCCUCUUUAUAUAGAAAUCCUAAUAUUAACUAGUGACCAAAGGCCCUCUUAUUAAGAUAACACUGCCUUCUUUAGACGCCGCAUGCAAAGAUCACAAUGUCAUCUAGUGAUUCCAGUUCCCUUUACAGAUUUCCUAAUACCUUCUAUAGAAAUCACUAUACCAUCUAGUGAUUCCAAUGCCCUCUACAUAGAUCCCAGUGUCAUCUUGUGAUUCCAAUGCCCUCUACAUAGAUCCCAGUGUCAUCUUGUGAUUCCAAUGCCCUCUACAUAGAUCCCAGUGUCAUCUAGUGAUUCCAAUGCCCUCUACAUAGAUCCCACUGUCAUCUAGUGAUUCCAAUGCCCUCUACAUAGAUCUCAGUGUCAUCUAGUGAUUCCAAUGCCCUCUACAUAGAUCUCAGUGUCAUCUAGUAAUUCCAAUGCCCUCUACAUAGAUCCCAGUGUCAUCUAGUAAUUCCAAUGCCCUCUACAUAGAUCCCAGUGUCAUCUAGUGAUUCCAAUGCCCUCUACAUAAAUCCCAGUGUCAUCUUGUGAUUCCAAUGUCCUCUACAUAGAUCCCAGUGUCAUCUAGUGAUUCCAAUGCCCUCUACAUAAAUCCUAGUGUCAUCUAGUGAUUCCAAUGCCCUCUACAUAGAUCCCAGUGUCAUCUUGUGAUUCCAAUGUCCUCUCUACAUAGAUCCCACUGUCAUCUAGUGAUUCCAAUGCCCUCUACAUAGAUCUCAGUGUCAUCUUGUGAUUCCAAUGUCCUCUACAUAUAUCCCAGUGUCAUCUAGUGAUUCCAAUGCCCUCUUCAUAGAUCCCAGUGUCAUCUUGUGAUCCCAAGCCCUCUACAUAGAUCCCAGUGUCAUCUAGUGAUUCCAGUGUCCUCUACAUAGAUCCCAGUGUCAUCUUGUGAUCCCAGGCCCUCUACAUAGAUCCCAGUGUCAUCUUGUGAUUCCAAUGUCUUCUACAUAUAUCCCAGUGUCAUCUAGUGAUUCCAAUGCCCUCUACAUAGAUCCCAGUGUCAUCUAGUGAUUCCAAUGUCCUCUACAUAGAUCCCAGUGUCAUCUAGUGAUUCCAAUGUCCUCUACAUAGAUCCCAGUGUCAUCUGGUGAUUCCAAUGUCCUCUACAUAGAUCCCAGUGUCAUCUGGUGAUUCCAAUGUCCUCUACAUAGAUCCCAGUGUCAUCUAGUGAUUCCAAUGACCUCUACAUAGAUCCCAGUGUCAUCUAGUGAUUCCAAUGUCCUCUACAUAGAUCCCAGUGUCAUCUAGUGAUUCCAAUGACCUCUACAUAGAUUCCUGUAUUAUCUAGUGAUUCCAAUGCCCUCUACAUGCCCUCUACAUAGAUUCCAGUGUCAUCUAGUGAUUCCAAUGUCCUCUACAUAGACUCCAGUGUCAUCUUGUGAUCCCAAGCCCUCUACAUAGAUCCCAGUGUCAUCUUGUGAUUCCAGUGUCCUCUACCUAUAUCCCAGUGUCAUCUAGUGAUUCCAAUGCCCUCUACAUAGAUCCCAGUGUCAUCUAGUGAUUCCAGUGUCCUCUACAUAGAUCCCACUGUCAUCUAGUGAUUCCAAUGCCCUCUACAUAGAUCCUAGUGUCAUUUAGUGAUUCCAAUGUCCUCUACAUAGAUCCCAGUGUCAUCUUGUGAUCCCAAGCCCCACUAGAGAUAUGCUUUAGGCUACAUUUAAAUCUUCAGGUACUUUUCAUGGAUUCCAAUGCCCUUUUUGAGAUCCUGUUAAAGUACUUUAGUACUUUUAUCAUAGUUAUUUAUUUGUCAUAAACAUUUUUGCUUUAGUAUGAAAUUGCAACAUACAAGUACUGUUAGAAGUACAUUUACAUGUAUUAUCUUAUUAUACUGUUUAUAUUAAUACAAUCUAGUCUUUAAUUCUAAAGUACGAAGAAUAAUUUUAUAUUGAAAUUUUUUCUCAUAGUCUCUGACCCAAUGAACGUUGUGGAUAGUCUCCUGUAUUGUUACAAUUUCAAGUAUGUCUCCACUUCAAAUUGACCAAGGUUAAGUACAUCAUCAAGAUUUCUGAAUGUUUUUGUCUGUUUUCAAAAUUGUAAAUGGAUAUUAUUUGCUGUAAAAUAAGUGUUAUUUGCUGUAAACUGGGUUUAUUUUGAGAUUGUUUUAAAUUGUUAACAGUUAUACAAUUUAAGUACUAAGUUUUGGAUACUUUUUAUAAUUUUUUGUGUUUGAGGGUGAAAGGGAGAUAAUUCAGUAAGUUAUUCUUCAGGCACUGAAAUAUCUAAUAGAUGAUUAUGAAGAAUAUUUAUUUCUAUAGAUAAAUUUUAAACUAUUAUGGAUCUACAAAACAAUAUUUCAAAAUGAAAGUCCUCCUGAAUUACAGUAUUAAAUGUUUAGAUGUUGUUGAAAAUAUGUUUUACAAUGAAUAAAGAAUUAAAUCUUUUCCUGAAGAAUAAUUUCUUGGAUGUAAUGCACCUAUACUAUUUUCAUGUUUGUUGCUAAUGCUCUAAAUGUUAAAAUGUAUAUCUGGUUGUAUUUCUCGAACAAGUUGUUGAGAAAAGAACAAUAUUCAUUUGAAAUGAUUAAAAAUGAUACAAUACACUA